AUGAAAAAUAAAUCAAAAACCAAAUUUCGCAAUAACCAAACCGAUAUAAAUGACAAAAAAUUGAAUGAUAAAAUACAAAAACCCAUCACAUAUUAUUUUAAGAAUACUAAAAACUCAAAUGUACUUCUAAAUAAAAUACCAAAGAAAAAUGUACAAAGUACUAUUCCAAAACUAUUCAAUAAAAUGGAACAAAAAAACAAAAACAAAUAUGAUGGUAAAAAUCAAGGGAAAAAUCAAAUAAAUGAUGAUUCGGUGUUAUUUCGUAGACAAUGA